CCCGCGCGCCCAGGCGCACGCCCUCCUCGCCUGGGCCGCCCUCCGACUCUCCGCGCCCGGCAGCCGGGGCCCCGGCGCGCUGCCCCGCGCGUGGGCUCACUCCGAGAGCCGCGUGGGUAUCGCAGCGGCCCGCGGGGGCCCCUCGGCCAUGCGCCCCCGCGCCGCCCCCCGCGCCCUAGCCUGCGCGGCUCUCCGGCUCCGUAGCCUCCUGCUGCUGCUGCCGGUGCUCGCGCCCGGGCACGCGUGCCCCGCGGGCUGCGCCUGCACCGACCCACACACCGUGGACUGCCGCGACCGUGGGCUGCCCCGCGUGCCCGACCUCUUUCCCCUGGACGUGCGCAAGCUGCUGGUGGCGGGCAACCGCAUCCAGCAGAUCCCCGAGGACUUCUUCAUCUUCUACGGCGACCUGGUGUACUUAGACUUCAGGAACAACUCACUGCGCUCGCUGGAGAAGGGCACGUUCAGCGGCUCGGCCAAGCUGGCGUUCCUCGAUCUCAGCUACAACAACCUGACCCAGCUGGGCGCUGGUGCCUUCCGCUCGGCCGGGAGGCUGGUCAAGCUGAGCCUGGCCAACAACAACCUGGUGGGCGUGCACGAGGCCGCCUUCGAGACCCUGGAGUCGCUGCAGGUGCUGGAACUCAACAAUAACAACCUGCACAGCCUCAGCGUGGCCGCCCUGGACGCACUGCCCGCGCUGCGCACCCUGCGUCUGGACGGGAACCCCUGGCUCUGCGACUGCGAGUUCGCCCACCUCUUCUCCUGGAUGCAGGAAAACGCGCCCAAACUGCCCAGAGGCCUUGACGGGAUCCAGUGCUCUCUGCCCAUGGAGAACAGGAGGAUACCCCUGCAGGAGCUGUCGGAGGCCAGCUUCAGCGAGUGCAAGUUCAGCCUGUCGCUCACAGACCUGUUCAUCAUCGUCUUCUCGGGCGUGGCCGUGUCCAUCGCUGCCAUCAUCUCCAGCUUCUUCCUGGCCACCGUGGUACAGUGCUUCCAGCGGUGUGCCCCCAACAAGGACACAGAGGACGAGGACGAGGAUGAGGACGACUGA